CAGUCGACGAUCAAGAAAUAAUAAAUAAAUAAUAGCAGCCGCUAUGAGUUCAAACCAAGAUCAAAUUGAGAUAAAAACUUUGGAAUCUGAGCGUAGAAGCAGUCCACCACCAGCUCCUCAACCAACGAAUUCACACAAGCCAAAGCUCUCACCAUAUGUAAUUAUCCCAAUUUGGAUCGCAUUGUCCUCUAGCGUCAUUCUUUACAACAAGGCAAUUUUGUCCUCUUUCAAAUUUGAAUAUCCAAUCUUCCUAGUAACAUUUCAUUUAACAGUCUCAACUAUCGGUACACGUGUUUUAGCUAGAUUCACAAACUUGCUCCCUGACCUUAAGGAUGUCAAUAUGACACGCGAUACCUGGGUAAAAAGAAUUCUGCCAAUUGGUGUUUUCUUCUCAGGCUCACUCAUUUUCUCAAACAUGGCUUAUUUAUACUUAUCAGUUUCAUUCAUUCAAAUGUUAAAAGCCUUCACUCCAGUCGCGAUUUUAGUUGUCUCAUCUGCAUUCGGUUUGAGCUCAAUGGAUAAGAAGACUUUCGGUAUUGUCAGUUUAAUCUCAACAGGUGUUUGUGUCGCUUCAUUCGGUGAAGUUUUCUGGGACACAACAGGUUUCACUGUACAAGUCAUUGCUAUCUUAUUAGAAGCCUCAAGACUUGUUAUGAUUCAACUCAUUUUAACUAACUUAAAGAUGAGCCCAUUGACUUCAAUGUACUUCUUCGCGCCAGUUUGCGCAAUCAUCAACGCAUGUAUUUUACCAUUCACAGAAGGAUGGGCACCUUUCCUCCAACUCAAGGACUUAGGCGUAUUCGUUUUAGCAACAAACGCAGCUGUUGCAUUCGGAUUAAACGUCGCUGCUGUUUUCCUCAUUGGCGCAGCAUCAUCCUUAGUUUUAACACUCGCAGGUAUUGGUAAAGAUUUAUUAUUGAUUGCUGGUUCAGCUAUCAUCUUCGGUGGUUACCCAACUGCACUUCAAUUAUUCGGUUACUCUAUCGCCUUGGGUGGUCUUGUUUUAUUCAAGACACAAGGAAAGAAGUAAGAGAAAGUUUCCAGAUUACGCGGAACACAUUUAUAAAUUUUUAAUUACCAACCUUUCGUUUUUCUUUCUCAAAUACUCUUUUUUAUUGUAGCAAAAUCGCUUGCAAAAAUAGAUUUUUACUUAUGGCAUCAUAAA